AUGAAUAAAAGAGUUAAUGAAUACAGAAGAUUGAGCCAAAAUGACACAAAAAUAAUAAAGAACUCUUACCUAGUUGAGCCUAGUAAUCAUUACAAGGAUGGUGCAUGUAAAAGAUGUUUAGAACAUGUAGAAGAUGGUAAUAUAAAUGGACAAUUUGACCCUGUUAGAGAAUUUGCUAGUAAAAAAAAAGAUAAAUUAAGCGAAGUUAAAUUCAUACCACCAUUGGACUUGUUACUUGGUUCUGCUUCCAAUAAAAUCAUAGAAUGGUUUAGGAAAAAAGGUGAAGAAUAUAAAAAGAGCCUCAAAACAUAUACAUCAUAG